CAGGACCGUCUGGCCAUUUGGGACAAGUUAAAGCAGUCUCACCUGGGUGAUUUGGCCGCCAAAAGCCCAGAGAAAAUAGAAAUCACUUUUCUCGAUGGCAGCAUUGUUGAUGCUAGAUCCUGGCGCACAACCCCUUACCAUGUCGCCAAAAAAUUCAAUCAAGAUCUUGCUGACACCUACGUCGUUGCCAAGGUCAAUGGAGUUCUGUGGGAUUUGGACCGACCUUUCGAGGAAAGUGCAAAGUUGGAGCUGCUUACAUUUGACGAUGAAGAAGCUCAACAAGUGUUUUGGCAUUCAACGGCACACAUUCUAGGUGAAGCUAUGGAGAGGGUUUAUGGUGGUUGCCUGUGUUACGGCCCACCAAUUGAGAAUGGAUUUUACUACGAUAUAUUUCUCAAUGGGAGACAGGUUACCCAAUCGCAUUAUAACAUUUUGGAAACCGAGAUGAAAUCGAUUGUGAAAGAGAAACAGAAAUUCGAACGGCUUGAAGUCCGGACAGAAGUCAUAAUGGAAAUUUUCAAGUACAAUCCAUUCAAAAUUCGCAUCCUCAACGAGAAAGUGGAUACACCAACCACAACUAUUUAUAAAUGUGGCACGUUGAUUGAUCUGUGCAGAGGCCCGCAUGUGAGACACACUGGAAAGGUCAAAGCCAUUAAAAUCACCAAGAACUCUGCCUCGUAUUGGGAAGGCAAGGCUGACCAGGAAUCAUUGCAGCGUGUUUACGGAAUUUCAUUCCCUGAUAGCGAGCAGCUUAAAGAGUGGAUCGAGUUUCAAGAAGAGGCAGCCAAGCGGGACCACAGGAAAAUUGGAAAAGAACAAGAGCUAUUCUUCUUCCAUGAGCUCAGUCCUGGCUCAUGCAUAUUUCUGCCGAAGGGAGCGUGGAUACACAAUAAGCUCAUCGAGUUCUUGCGCGAAGAGUACUGGAAACGAGGAUUCCAAGAGGUUGUUUCUGCCAAUAUCCACAAUGUUAAGCUGUGGGAGAUCUCUGGCCACUGGGCCCACUACGCGGCCAACAUGUUCAGUUUUGCGGUGGAGAAAGAGACUUACGCCCUUAAGCCAAUGAACUGCCCUGGUCACUGUCUCUUGUUUGACUUUCGACCGCGCUCUUGGAGAGAACUGCCACUGCGCAUUGCAGACUUUGGUGUACUGCACAGGAAUGAGCUCUCUGGCACCCUUUCCAGCCUAACUCGCGUGAGGAGGUUCCAGCAAGACGAUGCGCACAUUUUCUGCACCAUUGAUCAGAUUAAAGAUGAAAUUUCUGGAGCGCUUGACUUCCUAAAUCAUGUGUACUCUGUAUUUGGAUUCACUCUUCAACUCAAGCUGUCAACCAGACCUGUAACUUUUCUUGGAGAGAUUUCUGUCUGGGAUGAUGCUGAAAAGCAAUUAGCUGACAGCCUGGAUGCCUUUGGAUAUCCAUGGACCCUGAACCCUGGCGAUGGUGCCUUUUACGGUCCAAAGAUAGACAUAACUUUAAAUGACGCCUUGAAGCGACCCUUCCAGUGCGCUACAAUUCAGUUGGAUUUCCAACUUCCAAUCCAAUUCAAUCUAAACUACAUCAAUGAUAACGGGGAUAAAAUUCGGCCUGUGAUAAUUCAUCGCGCCAUCCUUGGUUCCGUGGAGCGCAUGAUUGCUAUUAUCACCGAAUCUUGCGCUGGAAAGUGGCCUUUUUGGCUAUCGCCGCGGCAGUGCAUCGUCAUCCCAGUGGGCCCGCAGUUUGACGCGUAUGCCCAAGAAGUGAAGAAAAAUAUCCACGACGCUGGCUUCGUCUGUGAGGCUGACGUGGACUCCGGCGACACCAUGAACAAGAAAAUCAGGAACGCCCAACUAGCUCAGUACAACUUCAUUUUAGUUGUUGGCGAACGAGAAAAGACUGCUCGUACCGUUAAUGUCCGCACUCGAGAUCAAAAAGUGCACGGUGAAUUUUCGAUUCUAGAAGUCGUUGAAAAGUUCAACGCUCUGAAAAGCUCGCGCACUAACUGCGAGGAUACUUUUUAGCGGAUAAUUUCUUAUCAACAAGU